CUUUGAUCAUGCAACACUUGCGUUCAGUUGCACUUUCUCGUUCGCAAAAGUAACUUUAUAUAACUCUCUCAAAGCACUUUCUUAGUUUGCUUAGAUCGACGAGCUAAAUCAUGAGCAAGAUUCGCAGUUAUUUACCUUGGGGGGCGAAAAAUGUCGUUCGAAUUGUAAGACUACAAGGCACGAUUCGGCCACAGUCAAGAGGGCAAGGACUCAACUUGCAGAAAAUUGACAAGCACCUCGGCAAGGCAUUUGACAUCAAAAAAGUCAAACCAAAGGCUGUUUGCCUGGAGAUUAAUAGCCCAGGAGGCAGUGCUGUUCAAUCCAGUCUGAUUUAUCAAAGAAUAAGAAAUUUGUCAAAAGCGACUGAAGUUCCCGUGCUCUCGUUUACUGAAGAUUAUGCUGCGUCAGGGGGGUAUUGGCUUGCAUUGGCUGGAGAUGAAAUUUUUGUGGACCCUAACUCUGUGGUGGGAUCUAUUGGUGCCUUGUUUGGAAAUUUUGGCUUCGAAGAAGCCAUUAAAAAGCUAGGUAAGUUCAAAGCUUUCUCAAACAGUGAGCACGGUUUAUUUCAUACGGACCUGUGGGGCCAGCGGCUGGCUGGGUAAGGGGCGUCAGCGGUUGGACGAAAUAGUCGUUCCAGUGGACAAUUUUUCUGGCAAAUUGUCUGUUGAUUUUUUCUUCUGCUCUUGCAAGGCAAGUUUCCUCGCCUUGUGAAGCCUCACCUAAAAUAAGCAUGCCACUCAGCACAGGAAGUGCAAGCUCAGUAUGAGAUUGCAUAAUCUCAAAAUUGUCAUAAAAAUGAGGGGCUUACAUGGGAAUCCCAGUAAUAGAAAGCAGUGUGUCUUGCAAUUUGUGUUGCAGUAAAAUUUCAAGACAACUUACUGCAAAAAUGUCUGUGUAUCAUGGUCAAAUAAUGUUCUGUACAUGGGUGUUGAAAGUAAAACCAAUAGUGAAUAGACAGCUAACUUAUAUUUGUGUCUUGUUUAGGUCUUGAAUGGCGACUUAUUACAGCUGGGGAGAACAAGGUCCGUAUGGACCCCUUUAAACCCCUCAAGCAAGCAGAUGUCGAUCAUACAGCCAAGAUACUACACAGUGUCCACAACAACUUUAUACAGUUGGUAAAGGAGAGGAGACCAAAUCUUGAUCCCAAUCACAAGUCAGCAUUCUCUGGUGACUUCUUCAUUGGCAAGGAUGCAGUUUCUAUGGGACUAGCUGAUGGGUUUUGCUCUGAUUUAAAAGCACUGUGUAUGGAGAGAUUCGGUAAAGAUGUUAAGUUUGAAAGGUGUGAGCCUCCAAAAGGUUUUCUGGACAGGUUUCAAGGUGUAGGCAGUAAUGCAAGAAUUGAGUUGUCUGUUGGUGAAUUACUUGAUGAAUUAACUGACAAACAACAGGAGGCAAAGUUUGGCCUUUAACACUGCUGUAGUUUUCAACAGAAAAACUAAUAUAUUUUAUAUAUUAUAAAUUAGGUGUUCUCUUAAAGUCCUACUGAACAAUCACAUAACUAUUCCUUGGAAUGUAACUUAAAUUGUACAGUGAGCAGUGUGAGGAGCAAAGGGAUUAAAAUGUCUGCCUUUUACAGAUGUAGGAAAAAUACAUAACCUCAGUAGUGAUUGUAGUACUGUCAAACUUGUACUAAACGAUCACUCUCUGUUAACCCUGUAAGCCCCAAUAUCCACAUACAAAUUCUCCAAACUGAUCUCCAUACAUUUCCUUUAAGAAUUAGUUGGGAGAAUUUGAUAGCAGAUCAAAGCAUUUUCUCUUUAUUGAUCAUUAUUUUCAUAAAUUCUCAUAACCUUAUCUCUUGACAAGGUAUGAAUAUUGUUGGGAGAAAAUUGAUGUUGGUCACCAUUGGGACUUAAAAGGUUAAGCAGUCACUAACCAAAGUUCCAGAAAUAGUUUUCCUUGAUAACUGUAAAACUGACCUGUAGUAAGAGCUCAUAUCUAUUCAGUAUUCAGGUUCCCAUGAGUUAUUUUUUAUUGUCUUCACCUAUAUAAAAUGGCCACUUUGUUAAUAUGUACCAUACUAGUACAACAGAUACACUGUGCAUGGUGUCAAGACAGUGGUCUUUUACCUGUUUUCUUUUGGCAUAACAGAGGUAGAAUCAUUUUGAGGCUGAUUUGUCAUGGGAUGGAGAAUUUGCUUUUUCACAAUCUUUGUUUUGUUGAAUAACUCUUAGGUUAGGUUAGUCGAACCUGUAUUAAUAAUUCAAACUGUAUUAAGCAGUCAGUAAGGCAUUCCACAAGGGUGAUCAUUUUUAUUAUUAGCAAUAAAGAUGCAGUAGACAAGACAGUAAAAGAGACAAUGUUCAGCAUUAACUUGAAGCCUAUUAAUUAACACCAAAACUGAUUAAAUCUUUUUAUUACAUAAGACAUAAUGUGUAUGCACUUGAAGUACCUCUGA